AUGGCACAAAUUGCCAGUGGUCCACCAAGAAUAUCUCAACUGCUUCCUACAGUGAAAUGUUCCGAUUGCUUGCAACCAGUCCCGCUGGCAGAACUCGGUGACCACAAACCACCUAUGUCUCCAAAAUCAACAAACUCUCUAUUACCACAAAGACUACAGAAUCUCGUUUCUAAUAGGGCUGCAAGCCCGCAACAGCAGCAGGCCUCGACUUCCCGCACCUCGCACCUUCAUGCUCCCCCACUCAGGUCUUCCCAACAUGAUCCCUUUCAGCGAAUACCCCCAACUGUAAAUUAUAAUCAAGGUGCUACUCGCGCCAACAGCCCAGGUAGUCCUCGGACUCCCCCAAUUCCACAAUCUAUUCUUCUUAACGGAGGCACCUCCACUAAUAAGCCGCAUGUUCGAUUUCCAGCCCAAUCCGCUCCAGACCGGGUCACUAUUCCCGUGCGGAAUGUCACUCCUCCCGUACCCGCCAGGAAUCGCACCCCUUCAAAUACGGGAAGCGGUGGUAACAAAUCAUCCCUUAGUGUGACAUCCUUCCCCAAUCCUUUUGAAGAUGACGCACGUCAGCCGGGUCGCCCCAGAGCUCCAUCAUCAGCUCCAAGGGAAAACCCACCCGUUGUACCGCACGCGCCGCUCCCAUCGUCCAUGGUCCCUAGAACACGAACGCCCUCGAAUGCGCCUUCCCAUACCUCUAUUAUUCCCCCGAGUCUCACUCCGCGUCCGUCAUUUGAUCGCACACGUACACCCUCUACUCUUGCACCUAGGCCAUCGUUGGACAAGCCUCGCCCCUCGUUUGACGCUCCCCCUAGACCUUCUUUUGAUACGCAACGCCCUUCCUUCGACGUACGACGUCCUUCAUUCGAUGUUCCUCGUCCUUCAUUAGACCAUCCACAAGCCGGUCCAGGACCCGUACUGCAGCCUGCGUUAGUCCCGCGUCCACCACGCAGUACUUCGACUCUCCCUCCAUCCGGGGGUGUGCCCUUUCCGUCGUCUGCCCCUGCGCCACAACCACCCCCACCCGCCACUCGCUCGCCAGUUCCAGAGAGCGAACGUAACAUUGACACGAAAUGCGGAGGUGAGGCCGGCAUGGCUGGUGUUGGACGGAGGGGAUUUGCAGCUGCUGCACGAGCUGCGAUGUUUGCUGCGUCUUGUCCUCAUCCUGACCCUAGCCAACACAGGGAUCCUAUGACUGACAGUCGUCGAGCAAAUGCUCCCAAGUAUCUGGAUCUCAAUACUACUAUGAACCAUGUCAUGCGAGCUGCGAUGACACCUCCGCUCUCUCCGAACUCGGGAUACUCUCAUUCUCCUGUCUCUCCUCACCCCACGUCGCCGUUGUCACCUGCUCACAACACGACACCGACCACUGGGCAGUUUCCGAAGACACAGUUCCCGGAUCCUCAUGAUAAGGCUGGGAUACAGUUCCACUCACCAUCACUCAACCAGAAACUUGCUCCUCUUUCGUCAUCGCCUGCUGAUAUCCAUAUUCUUGUCCCUGUUCGACUACCGUUUCUCGACAUGUUUGAUAAGGGACCUGUAGACGGUAGUGGCGAAGAUUCUGACGAUGAGAUCGAACAAGGGAUGAGUCGUAGAGGCGACGCAGAUCCCAUGUCCCCAUCGACUGAUUCAGAUGUGGGGCUGGCCUAUGCGGAUGAUUCUGACAACGACACGCCUGUGGUGAUGCCACUUGAUAUCCGCAAGUCAAACGCUAUAUCUGAGUUGAACAAGGUUGAAUUUCCAAGUGUCGAAAAUGGGCAUCCAUCUUCACCAGCUCGAAAGUUGCCAUCACGGAACGCAUCAGCUUCAUCUGCUCCAUCUUCCUCCACCUCACGAACCAUCAAUUCCAGCCUCACGCGCAGCGCCUCGGCUCUCACCCACACGACGACACGAUCUACGGGAGCAUUGGAACGUGCAAUGGAAACGCUGAUUGAGGAAGGUGCAUCCAUCUCGGUCCUCGCUUCAGGUUCAGUGCUUGCCUCAAUGGCUGGGCCUUCUGGGAGUCGUGCUUCUGGAAAGCCUAAUCGAUCAAAUACAGUACCAGGCCCUGUAUCACCGGAAAACAGACCGCCGAAGCUACCGGCGCGGUCCUAUACGAGUCCGCACCACCCGCACAUACAUUCAGAACGUGUAGGUAUAACGGGUCAAAUCGCGCGCAUUCGGGAACAAGGUAAGGGUAAGGCAAAGAAGGACCGUAUUUGUGCGAACUGUGAUAAGAAAAUUGAAGAUGGGAGGUGGAUCCAGAUGGACGGCGGGAAUGUCUUGUGUGAGCGGUGCUGGAAGAACAGGUAUCUUCCCAAGUGUCGCCGGUGUAAUCUCCCCAUUGAGACGCAGGCCGUGUCGUCUUCCGAUGGUCAACUGAAGGGCAAAUAUCACAGGGAUUGCUUCAAUUGCCACAAUUGUCAGAAACCGUUCCCAGACAAGGAAUUCUACGUUUUUGAUGGCAAACCACUCUGCGCAUAUCACUACCAUGAGGCGAACGACUCGCUCUGCGCCGCAGUCUCAUGUGGCCAGCCUAUUGAGGGUCCGUGUGCAGUCACUCACGCAGGAAAGCGAUAUCAUCCGGAUCAUCUUCUAUGUGAGUUCGAGAACGGUUGCGGGGAGCGGCUGGUAGAGUACUGGGAGGUAGACGGUCAGAUGUUCUGCGAGAAACACGCUGCAUCAGCUGGGGCCAGCUGUGUAUCCUCGAGAAGCGAUAGCCCUGAUGGCGAACGCAUACGGGACGAAGGGCGCGCGAUGAAACGCAUGACGCGAUUCAUCGACCUCGGGGCUGUAGACGAGGUCGUUGACAUCCGGUGA